CGUGCUCCCGGUUUGCGGAAGCUGUUGAUCGCCGCAGUCGAAACUCGGUCUCGCCAUGGAGUCGUUGUUUCGCUGCGUCUUCUGCUUCGCCUUCUGCUUCGCCCUCCUCCUUUUACGGCUUCCCAGCGUGCGGGCGGAGAAGCCAUUCGAGAGACGCGUCACUGUGCAGGUGAAUCCAGGGCUGAACAGCUCUAUGGUGCCACCGGGCCUUGUCGUCAACCUGGUGCACUACCAGGCAGUGGGGCCACACGAUACCCUUCACUAUGUGUGGAGCACCAUUGGCGCGCCCACUGUGCUGCUGGUGCACUGCACGGGAAACCAGAGCCAGCUGAAGGUGGACUGGGAGCAGCUCAUCCUCAAGAACGGCUCGCGUUCCUUGCGUAUCAUUCCCGAGGACAAGGUCACUUUCUCGCAGGCUGUGGUUUUCUCAGAGCUGAUGGAGUUCUACGAUGUCAAUGACACGGCAGACAUGGAGAAGUCUCAGCAGCUCUCCCCUGCCUACCGCCUGGAGGACUUUGUGUGGGAAGACGUCAAUAGCACAUUCAACCCAACCACCCUGGGAGUGGAGUUUAGGGGCCGCAAUGCCACGGACCCCAAGGGGGACUUCAACAAUGGCUCCAUCUCCAUUUCUGUGAUGGUGUACAAAAGCACGGGCCGUGAGAAGAGUCUACCCAAACUGGAAUACAGCGCCAACUCCACGCAGUUCCAGUUUCGUGUGGACAAAGUGAUACCAAGGAGUAAUCGGUCGCGCUUUGGCCUUGGGCUGCUGGUUACACAGCGCAGCAACGGCACGACGCGGCUUGAAUCGGUCCACACCAUAGAUGACGAGCAUACGCCCUCCAUAUUCGAGAUGGUGCAGUUGAUAGUGUCGCAGCAGAAUGCGUCUAAGGCGGAGGGCUUUGUGCAGUGGAAGCCCGUGGCGUACACCAGCGACCCGCCGAACCGCGGGGCAUCCUCGCCGUGUCACCACUACCCGAUGCCCCCGGUCACUCGCUCCGUGCCAGAGUCCAGCAUCGCGUUCGCCUACUACGGACCCGAUGGCUUCACUGCGGCACUCAACGUGUCCUUUGGCAUCGGCGAGGAUGGCUUCUACAAUGCCACCCAGUUUUUCAGCUGGACGGGCCUGGUUGGGUAUGGGACACCAGCCAAGGAUUCCUUCUCCGUGCUGGUGAUCAUCAUCAUGGCUGUGGGGUUGGGCAUCUCGGGAGUGUUGCUCCUCAUCACUGCUGUCGUGGCGUGUGUCAAGUGGAGGCACAAGGCUCAAGGCUACGAUCCAAUCGACUAAACAUGGCUACUCGUCCCUGUGCCAACCAAUGCAACCGCUAAUUUUUUUUUCUACUGUGUAACUUUGCUGUGCUGGGGCCAUGCCCAACCAAUCUGCCACUGCAAAACAAGAGCCGGGCUGCUGAUAGCACAUGCAAUCAACGUGGGGCAUCGGCGUCAUGGUUUGGCACGGCAAAUAGCCAGUGGAAAACCACCCAUACGGUGAACACCCGUGCUGGCAUGCCUCAAAUGUGCCGGUUGAAAAGGGGUGGUGUGUCCUUGCCAUUUCUCAUUCAGUGGGCAUAUCCUGGUUUUCUUUUGCCGGUGAUUGUCCCAAAAUAAAGAAAUAUUUUUGCCAUUUUGUUGCACUGAGAUUUUUUUUGAAACCCACUGCAAGGUCAAUGGAAUUAGUCUUAAGUGUAUUUGUUGUAGAACAUUUAAGUGUAACAAUGGAUGAAAGUACAUUUUCGGAGGGCAAAAGUUGUCCAGAUGAUAUCACAUGCUUAUUUACUGUGACAUCAAACGUAAUUUCUGUUUAACCUUAAUGACGUUUCUCAGGGAUAAUUGCUUUGGCAUUAGAGCAUUGUGCUUAAAAAAAUCAAUACCACUUUUAAACAUGUUAAAACCGCAUGUAAAAAUUUUAUUUGAAGCAAAAAUGUGUGCAUACAGAAUGUGUAUUAGCUGCAGAUAUCAGGCAGUCGUCGAUUUAACGAAGUUCUGGUGCAGUGAGAUUACAUUGAGUUAUGAUUUUCUUUUGUACCUCGUUAUUCGGUCAAACUGCUCUGCUUAGGUACAAACUGCAGAGUUGUGUGUAUGACGUUUUUUCUCAGAGGCAAGACGAGUUGCACAGACCACAUUCCAUGAACCUGCACAAUAAAAUGUUACCAAUUGCUUUUUUUCUUCUUGGUUCUUUCGGUAAAGUCACGUAGAAGGGAAGUAAUAAAAUAAAAAACAU